UGAAAAUUUGGUGCUUGUCAUUAAUCAAGACUACACAAAUGGCAUGGGAACAUUCAACGGAGGAUAACCUUUACAGUGGAUUGCAAGCGCAUAAAUUAUCAGCAACACAUUUGCUAGCAUCACCUGAUGAUAAUAGGAAUCCGUUGAAUGACUCCACAGUGGGCUAUGCCUCGAAUGUCGAUCGAAUCUCGCCGCUGUUCACGAGGACGCGCUACAACCUUCCACGCUACGGGCGAUCGCUCUUCGGUUGCUUCUUCGCAUGCCAUCGAAGUAUCAAGCAGUUUAUCGUUAAGAGAAAGAUUGAACAUGGACUGCGCCUGUAUCAGAAGAACAAACAACAUUCAGCAAUCCGGAUAUGGAAAAGUGCGUUACGGGCUUCCUCGAAACGCGAAGACAGCUUUGCACUUUUGAGUUAUCUCUACCAAGCGCACAUGGAUUGCGGCAAAUUUCGGGAGGCGCUCGAGUAUGGACACAUGCAGCUGGGAAUUUCCGAGGAACUGGAUUCGUCGAAUAUGCGAGCAGAGGCUUACUUGAAUCUGGCACGGGCGCACGAGAGGCUCGGUUGUCUAGAAAGGGCUCUUAGUUACGCUCGCCACUCUCUUUAUAACGAAUGUGAUACGCAGUGUCGAACCGGAGGAAUGGUUCACCUCACCGUAGCUAGUGUCUAUUUAGAAAUGGGUGGCUUUUGUCGAGCGUUGGAGGACAUGCAAACAGCGCACAAGAUCGCCAUGCAAAUCGGUGAUCCAGCUCUCGAACUACAAGUCUACGUUUUGCUCUCGGAACUCUUUGAACGACUACAAGAUGCUGAAAAGGCAGCUCGUUAUGCUGCAAAAGCGUAUGAUCUUUCGAGAUCUUUACAGCUUGGUGAUUUAAAUUCUCGCUAUCAUCGUGCCGUACUUCUGCGAAUGGCAUCGGCCUUCCGUAAGCAAGGCGAGUUCGGCGAUGCGCACGAUUACUGCAGCGAAGCAUCCCGACUCGCAUUGCUUUCCGGCGACCACGGCACCCUUACACGUAGCAUUCGCAUCCUCGGCGACAUUUAUCGCAAAAAGUUGGACAUUGACAAGGCAUUUCGGCAAUACGAGCAAGCAAUGGGCUCUGCCGCAAAUUUAGGCGAUCGCAUGGCUCAAAUGGAAGCCAUGGAUGGCGUUGCGCGGUGUCUCGACAUUUUAAGAUUACAAGGUAAAAUUUGUAAUUGCCGUCCACUAGAAUUCAAUACUAGACUAUUGGAAGUUGCGAGUUCCAUAGGAGCGAGGAUGCUCGUUUUGAAAACUAGACAACGACUUGCCUCCAUCUACCAAUCGUUGGGCGAUGAAGAGGCCAGCAAAAAUCAGACGGAGUUAGCUAAUCAAACGGAAUUAUCACUGGGCCUUAAUUGCGGAUCGUGCGGCGAUCAAUUCGGACUUGAAGCCGAUUCUCUCGAAGCACUGCCAUGUGCCCAUAUUUUGCAUGCAAGAUGUGCACACGAAAUAUUACGACGACGUGAUAAAAGUAAACCUAGGUUACAAUGCCCUUCCUGCAAUCGUCUCGUUAAUUCACGCUUAAAUUUGAACAAUUGUGAUGGCGCAAAAGCCAUAAACGGUAAACUGCCACCCAUGCCAACGUCAUCGUCAGUUACGCCCCCGCAUCCGUUCUUUCAAAGCAAUCUCUUCCUGCAAUCAUUGAGUCUGCGUGCAUCGACAUUGACAAUCAAUGACAGCGAGCCCGGACAACUCACUUCUUCCGUUUAG